AAUUUUACAAAAUUAAAAUUAAGGCUUAUGGUGCGUUAUAAAUAGGGUCCCCCCCCAAAUGGUUGGUGCACCCCUGUCAAAGCGCAUACACAAAAAAGAACCAGAGAGAAAGAGAUACUCUUCCGUCAAUGGCCACCAAAAUCUACAUUGUGUACUAUUCUAUGUACGGACAUGUUGCCAGGUUGGCUGAAGAGAUACUAAAAGGAGUUCAAUCUGUCGAAGGAGUAGAAGCCAAACUAUGGCAGGUACCAGAAACACUGCCAGCAGAAGUUCUUGGAAAGAUGGGUGCACCACCAAAGAGUGAAGUGCCUGUAAUUUCACCUGAGGAACUUGUGGAGGCUGAUGGGAUAAUCUUCGGUUUCCCUACCAGAUUUGGAAUGAUGGCUGCACAGUUUAAAGCCUUUUUUGAUUCAACUGGAGGCUUAUGGAGAACUCAGGCACUUGCUGGCAAGCCCGCUGGAAUUUUCUACAGCACUGGAUCUCAAGGUGGUGGACAAGAGACUACCCCCUUGACAACCAUUACUCAGCUUGUUCACCACGGAAUGAUCUUUGUACCUAUCGGAUACACGAGUGGAGCUGGCAUGUUCGAGAUGGAGCAGGUCAAGGGUGGCAGCCCCUAUGGUGCGGGAACUUUUGCUGGGGAUGGCACAAGACAACCUUCUGAUCUAGAACUAGAAACAGCUAGCCACCAGGGAAAGUACUUCGCUGGCAUUGCAAAGAAGCUUAAGGGAUCUGCCUAAUUAUGAUGAUCAAUUAUACAAUCACUGUUGAGUGUUGCAUACUUUCAUUUCUUCUGUUCUUGAUUCUCAGUCCGGUUUUCAAUUUGCAAUUUCGUGUUUUCGUGAAGAAUAAUUUGCUUUGUCAAAUGUAUUUGUUGUAACAAGUUUUAUUAUUGAAUAAACAGUUUUUAUUACUGAA